AUGAACCGGCUUGUGACUGAUCCAAACCUAGAACAGUGUCCAAAUUUUUCGUCGGCUGUGUUUCAAGCUUGUCGCACUCCGCUGUUAAAUCACACCACUGAUGAUGCACAGGCGGCGGACACGCUGAGAGACUUCUGGCUUGCUACCAACACUGCUCUCAAGGUCCAAUGGCAAGUACAACUAGAUGUAGACGCAUUAGAAGCAGCAGAUCAACAGCGUCUACUUGACGAGGCUACCAAUCAACGUCUUCCAACCCAAAAAGCGCAAGAUGCUAUUCUCGCUGAGGAAGACAGGAAGAAAAAUUGCAUUCAUCUCAUUCCCAUUCCGGAUCGUUUGCACCCCAAAUGGGCCACGGAUGAAGUUCUUGUGGCAGAUUUUGCUUUACGAAAACUCGACAAAGCACAAUUUGUGGAGCUAUACUACUGGACCAACAAAGGUCUCGCCAAUGCGAAGACCAAUUAUUGUACUUCGGAUGAUGACAGCAUGGUCGCAACGGCGGGCGUCAAUGGCUCUACCACUUGGAUCUCCGCCAGUGCCGCACGCCCAGCUGCUGGGGUAAUCCCUGAUCACCUCUUACCUCCACUCGAUUUCUCUCGUGCGGUGCCACACUUUAUCGCCUCCCUUGAGCAACAUGGCUGGCCCAACACCCGAAUAAUCAUGUUAGCUAACUUCUUCAGCGCCUUAAUGUUACAUAAGUAUUGGACCUCCGACAAUGUAUUGGAGAUGUGUGCUCUGCUCACGUAUCAGGAGCAGCAAUGCCAGGCAUGA